AUGAUCGUCCUUCCACCAACCACUCAAGAGGCAAUCAAAAGCCAAAUCAACUCGGCCUGUGACACCACAAACGGAAUUCCAGGCGCUUCUGUUGCGAUUGUGGGGAAAGAUGGCAAAUUGCUAUUCUCCCAUGCAGGCGGACUGAGAGGACAUGCAAAACCUGAGCCCAUGACAACCGAAAGCGUGUUCUGGAUAGCUUCGUGCACGAAACUCAUUACCGGAAUUGCGUGUAUGCAACUCGUGGAACAGGGUCUCCUUUCGUUGGACGAUGCUGACGAGACCGAGCGUAUCUGUCCCGAGCUAAAGGACGUGAAGGUCCUACAAGAUGACGGCAAACUGGUUGAUAAAAAGCGAGGCAUCACUUUACGCAUGCUUUUGUCACACACAGCUGGGUUCGGGUAUGCUUUUAUGAACGAUAAGUUGCGCGAUUAUAGCCAUCCAGCUGGGUAUGAUGAGUUCUCGGGAGAUUUAAGGGACUUCAAGCAGCCAUUGGUGCAUCAGCCAGGUGAAGCUUGGGAGUAUGGGGUGAACAUCGAUUGGGUAGGCGUGGUUAUUGAACGUGUCACCAAAAAGUCACUGAAUGACUACUUCCAUCAAUAUAUCUUCGAGCCGCUGGGCCUAAGUCACAUCUCCAUGAUCCCUACUUCAGAGAUGAAGGACAGGCUCGCCUACAUGCACCAUCGGGAUCUGAAGGGUCGGAUUUGGCCUCGGGACCACUUGCUCCGCCGAGCACUGACAGCGGAGUCCAAAUCGGAGCUAGAAUCAUAUUUCAACAGCGGUGGAGCUGGAUGCUUCUCAACACCUGAGGAUUAUUGCCAGAUCUUAGCCGUCCUUCUUAAUGGCGGCACCUCGCCCACCACCAGAUCCCAGCUUCUGAAGCAGGAAACCGUGGAUGCUAUGUUCUGCGACCAAAUCGCCCAUCUUCCGCCUCUGUGUGAAAAGUAUCUCUCGGAUGCGAAGCCUGAUCUCGCAGGUUCCAGUACUGGUCUACAUCCAACCGUUGCCGGGGAUCGCCAGGGCUGGGGAUUAACCUUCCUCCUAAGUGGUGGCUCGACAGGCCGCUCAGUGCGAACGGCUCAGUGGUCUGGGCUCCCGAAUCUUUUCUGGUGGUGCGAUCGGGAUAACGGAAUCGCAGGUAUGGUUUGCGCGCAGAUUCUGCCAUUUGGCGAUGCUAAGGUUUGGAACCUAUUCCAAGAUGUUGAGGAUCUUGUGUAUAAGGGAAUUGUGAGAUCCGGUCAUCUAUGA